CUUAACUCUUCCCCUCCCCCUCCCCCCCUCCCACUCCUUCCGCCACCAUGUCCGCCCCCGCCUCCACUCAGGAGGGCAUCCGCGCCAUUGUCAUCGGCCCGCCGGGCUCCGGCAAGGGCACUCAGUCUCCUCGCCUGGUGGACCGCUACUGCGUCUGCCACCUGGCCACCGGUGACAUGCUCCGUGCGGCCGUCUCUGCCGGCACCGAGGUCGGCCUCCAGGCCAAGGCGGUCAUGGACGCCGGCGGCCUUGUCUCCGACGACCUGGUUGUCCAGCUGAUUGCUGAGAACCUGGAUAGCCCCGAGUGCAGCGGUGGCUUUGUUCUUGAUGGCUUCCCUCGCACCGUUGUCCAGGCCCAGAAGCUCGACGCCCUGCUGGAGACCCGUAACCAGAAGCUCGAUCGCGUCGUCGAGUUCAAGAUCGACGACAGCCUGCUGGUUCGCCGUAUCACCGGUCGUCUGAUCCACAAGGCCAGUGGUCGUAGCUACCAUGUCGAGUUCGCCCCGCCCAAGGUCGAGGGCCUUGAUGACAUCACUGGCGAGCCCCUGAUGCACCGCUCGGACGACAAUGUUGAUUCGCUCAAGCAUCGCCUCGGCGAGUACCACAAGCAGACCGUUCCGGUCAUCGACUACUACCGCAGCCGUGGCCUGCAUGUUGGUCUGGAUGCCGCCCAGCCGGCCGGCACCGUCUGGGGCCGCGCCUCGUCCAUCUUCGACUCGGCCAAGUUCUUCAAGCUGUCCCAGGCUGCCUUCGGCGGUGCCGCUGCCCCGACCAACUAAUUGGUCCCGGCCGGUGUCCCGCUGCUUGCCCUUCCCCCGCGCCCCUCCCCUGCCCUUUGGGGGGGGGGGUGCGGGCAAAUGCCCUCCCCUGCCCUUGAUCUGGCCUUGGAGAAACUGCGACCGCGGGGGACUUCCCCUGUGCUGUUAUUCCCCUCACAUGCUCACAUAUGUUGCCUGUGUGUUUGUGUGCGCCCCGCUGCAACUCCUCCCAUUUCGUGCUGCUGCC